CACGCCGGUUUCUGUACGAGCAGGCUCGGCUCACCUCAUCCGGAGCCAGAGUGCACGCAGUCCUUCCACACAUUUCACCGGUAAACCCCGGCGUUCUGUUGGAGUAAAUUGGUGACACACUCUGUGCUGUUGCAUAUCAGGCCCCCUUGGUGUUGCCAUGGCAACAGUAAACCAAGUUGGGGUAGAGCGUGCGUUCCUCCGGUGAAACUCAACAACAAAGUCAGAACAUCUUUGGAGCACCGCAGGAGGGACAAUCUGUGGGCCUGUUGAAGGACCAGAAUCUAGUAACAAUGGUCCAGCAAUGCCAAAGUCAAGUUGAAAUCAAAACACUGCAAACGACGUCACCACCAUUUCGACACGCUGUCCGCUUGCCUGCUCUCAACUCAGAGAGACUAAAGACAGCCAAGGCCAUAGUGGAAAAAACUGUCAAGUUGCAUAAAGUGUUCUCCAUUCAGGGCCCUUACCCGGUAAUUCGGGCCUCAUUGCGGGCCAGAGGCUGGCUGGAGAAGCGGAUGUGUCACCCCGGCCUCCACAUGUCCUCACGUCCUGUUAAAGAGGCCCGCUUGAACGAUGCCGGUGACAGCGACGGUGAAGACGAUGAUGUCAACCAAGAGCAGGAUCCGGCCGGACUGUACAAUCUUAUGUCUCGCAUGGUGCGGAAUGAAAUGGUUUAUUUCUACUGGACAAAUAAAAGAGAUGCCAUCAACACCAGUAUCUUGCAGAAAGAACAGAUGACUAACCAUUUUGCCAAAGCAGGCAGCUUCACCACUAAGGUGGGCUUGUGUGUGAACCUGAGAAGUCUGCAUUGGUUUGACUCAACAGACCCGGACACUUUCUUUCCUCGUUGUUACAGACUUGGAGCCCGGGAUGAGAAGCAUGCUUUCAUUGAGGACUACAGGAGGACAGCCUGCACCAGUCUUUUGAAGUACAUUGUGGAGACAGCACAUAAUGUUCAGGAAGAGAAGAAGAACGAGCACAUGCAAAAAUCAUCGGAGCCCGUGAUGGUUUCCAAAAUGAUCGGCACAGCUCUCAAAGUGUGUUGGGAUUUUCUCGAGAGUUUGGAGCACGCUGACAUUGACGCUAGCUCGGAGACAACGCCAUCCCUUGCUAAGGAGGAGUGGGGGGAAUUUAUCAACAGCUACUACUUGCUUGUUCAUGCCGGAGCCAAAAUUGAGAUCAGCAAUCAUUUAGUAAGACGUUGUAAGUCCAUGCUGCAGAGACUGGCUGACGUCAGUCCACAACUGGACACAGAUGGCAUCCACAACAUCUGGAUCAUCAAGCCAGGAGCCAAGUCCAGAGGCAGAGGUAUCAAAUGUGCCAAGCGUUUGGAUCAGAUCCUCAGCCUGGUGGACAGCGAUUCAGCCUUGAUCAAGGAGAGCAAGUGGGUGGUGCAGAAGUACUUGGAGCGUCCCUUCUUAGUGGAGGGGACCAAGUUUGAUGUGCGCCAGUGGUUUCUGGUAACAGAUUGGAACCCUCUCACCGUGUGGUUUUAUAAGAAGUGCUACUUACGCUUCUCUACGCAGCCUUAUUCGUUGGACACGCUGGACAACUCUGUGCACUUGUGCAAUAAUUCCAUCCAAAAGCAUCUGAGACCUUCUCAUCAACGCCAUCCCAGCAUCCCAGAAGACAACAUGUGGUCAGCCGACCAGUUCAUAACCUUCCUGUCUGGUCGGGGUUACAAAACUCAGUGGGAAAAUGUGGUUGUGCCCGGGAUGAAGAAGUCUAUUAUCCAUGCAUUGCAGAGCGCGCAAGAUCUUGUGGAUUCACGAAAAAACACCUUUGAGCUUUACGGGGCUGACUUUAUGUUAGGCGGUGACUUCCAUCCAUGGCUGAUUGAAAUCAAUGCCAGUCCCACCAUGGCCCCCUCUACACCCAUCACUGCCCGUCUUUGUGCGGCUGUGCAGGAGGACACGCUGCGCGUCGUCCUCGACCGCAGAGCAAACAAAUCAGCGGACACGGGAGACUUUGAGCUCAUAUAUCACCAGGCAGGAGUAGAUAUACCGCAGUAUGUAGGAGUCAAUUUAUUUAUUGAGGGCUUCAGGCUCAAUGGCACCUGUCUGCUUCCUCCUCUGAGACCUUUCAAGCGCUCAGUCCCAAAGUAUCAUGGCACCAAAAAGGAGAUUGCUUCAGAAAAAGUCAAGUCUUUGCCAAAAGUUGUUAAGAGUGCCAAUACUCCUGUCAAAAACAUCUCAAACAGAAUUCUUCCUCCUCCUGUUCCUCAGCCAUCAGUGCCCAUCCCUCUUGAAACAUUCACACUUCAACUGCCGAAGACGGCACACAUAUCCGUCCACCUACCUGUUGAUGCUUGCUCGCAUUCUGUCUCUUUGUGGCGAAGGGGCUUGUAGGUUAAACGUCCUCAGUGAGUACCGAAUGCCAAGAAGAACAAAAAGCACUUACAGGAUGACAUUCCAAAAAACUCAGCGGCCGCUUGAAAUUCAUUUGGUGGAUGGUAAGGAAUCUACAAGCUUCAAGGCUGCCAUUAAUAUUUUGUAAAAUGUACAGGAAAAUAUUAUAUAUUUGUUGCUGUGCUGGAGAUUUAUUGACCGAAAAUCUUAGACUCACUUCAAACAUGUUUUAUCUCUCAAUAAAGUUCCAAUUUAAUUGCUA